AUGUCCCGAAAUCCUACUGUCGUUGUCGUCCCUGGAGCGUGGCACCCUGCCUCAUGUGUUGAUCCCUUCUGCGAGUCCUUGAAGAAAGCUGGGUUUCCUAGCAAGAGCAUCACCCUCAGAAGUGUUGGCAAUGCCGAUAUCAGCGUUUCCGAUGACGUGGCUCACAUCAAGUCUGUCAUCGAGCCACUUGUUCAAGGUGGAGAGGACGUUAUCCUCAUUGUCCAUUCCUACGCUGGCUUUCCAGGCACAGGCGCCAUUGCCGGCUUAGAUAAGAAGGGGAUAAAAGCCCGUGGCGAGAAAGGAGGUGUUCUUGGAAUCGUGUUUCUCGCCUCGUUUGUUCCUUUGGAGGGAGAGACCCUCGUGAGCCUCCUUGGCGGUUCCCUGCUGUGGUGGAUGACGGAUAAUAUUCGCGAUACGCAUCUUUACGACACACCCAAAAAGGAAAUCGUGGCGCCGCGUUUUGUCCAAUUCUGCGCAGCGAUGCUACUUGCGGUCCUCUCCACCAAUACUGACAUGCACGGCGCCGCGGACCUGGAGGUCCCUCAUUUUGAGGUGGACGUGAUCUUCCCACUGCGUUUGCUCCGAGAUUUCGAACUCAUCUGGGGCAUUAUGCCGUACUCCCAUGGCUACGUCCCUAGAGGCACCACCUACGACCUGGGCAACCUUACAGAUCCAGAUCCUUUGGAGGACAAUAACAGUGAUACCGCCACCCCCACCGACAACACCAACGCUACGGACUGGAUCACCCGGAAGCAGGUCCAUGAGAGCUACAUGUUGCAGUUGUAUCUGCACUGGCCUGAGCAGGAGUCGCGCUGUGGAUUCGACGUUGGUAUUUUCAAAGAGCCACUCAUGUUUUCGGUUGAAGUGCAGUAUCAUACUUCGGAUAAGAGCCCGCCCAUCUCGCUGUCUUCUAGAUCCAAGGAAAAUGGCAAGAAGUCCGGUUCCACGGUGCCCUGUUUCUCAGUUGACAGGGUAUUUUAG